GGAACUGGAGGGGAGGCGGCAACAUUGUUUCAAGUUGGACAAAUUGACAAGAGCGAGAAAUACACUGCGUUCCAUCCCGACCUGGGGCCGCGGAGCUGGGCCCGGUUUUCCCCUCCUCCACCCCCCGAGAGUCGGGGCCCGCCUUUUGCAGGUUUCCCAGGCCCCCGCUCCAGGGCCGGGCUGACCCGACUCGCUAGCGCUUCAUGGAGAACUUCCAAAAAGUGGAUAAGAUCGGAGAGGGCACGUACGGAGUUGUGUACAAAGCCAAAAACAAGGUGACGGGAGAAGUGGUGGCGCUUAAAAAAAUCCGCCUGGACACUGAGACAGAGGGUGUACCCAGUACUGCUAUACGAGAGAUUUCUCUGCUUAAGGAGCUUAACCACCCUAACAUUGUCAAGCUGCUGGAUGUCAUCCACACAGAAAACAAACUCUACCUAGUUUUUGAGUUUCUGCACCAGGAUCUGAAGAAAUUCAUGGAUGCCUCUGCUUUGACUGGCAUUCCUCUUCCCCUCAUCAAGAGCUAUCUGUUCCAGCUGCUCCAGGGCCUAGCCUUCUGCCAUUCUCAUCGGGUUCUGCGCCGAGACCUCACACCUCAGAAUCUGCUUAUCAACGCAGAGGGGGCCAUCAAGCUAGCAGACUUUGGACUAGCCAGAGCCUUUGGAGUACCUGUUCGUACUUACACCCAUGAGGUGGUGACCCUGUGGUACCGAGCACCUGAAAUCCUUCUGGGCUGCAAGUACUACUCCACAGCUGUAGAUAUCUGGAGCCUGGGCUGCAUCUUUGCUGAGAUGGUGACCCGCCGAGCCCUAUUUCCUGGAGAUUCCGAAAUCGACCAACUCUUCCGGAUCUUCCGGACUCUGGGGACCCCAGAUGAAGUGGUUUGGCCAGGAGUUACUUCUAUGCCUGAUUAUAAGCCGAGUUUCCCCAAGUGGGCCCGGCAAGAUUUUAGCAAAGUUGUUCCUCCCUUGGAUGAAGAUGGACGGAGCUUGCUGUCGCAAAUGCUGCACUACGACCCCAACAAGCGGAUUUCGGCAAAGGCAGCUCUGGCUCACCCUUUCUUCCAGGAUGUGACCAAGCCAGUGCCCCACCUUCGACUCUGAUGUCCUACCCCAGUCUCACCCUCUCCUCCAGUGGGGGCCUGAUCUGCCUUGGCCCUGGGCUAUUUGCCCUCUGAUCUUGUCUGGCUGCCUUAACACCUCCCCCUCUUAGCCAGCCAACUCUGAGGAUAUAAGGGGUGGAGAAGAGAAAUAGGUGAAAAUGAAAGGAAGCUUCAGUAUUAGAUGCACUUAAGUCCCUCCACCACCCUCUCCCCCUCUUCUUAGUCAUUGCUGAGGAGGGCUGGUAUUUAAAAAGAAAAGACUGCCCUCCACAUAGGGCUUGCCAUCCCAAUCUCUGAAAGCCCUGAAAAUUAUUAUUUCCUGUGUUCGGGAUGACAGACACCCCAAGCCUCGCCUCGGCCACUGCGUUUAUAAGGUCAACUGAUAGCAGAGAACCUAAGUUGGGACUUUAGAAAACCAAGCAAAACAAAACAGAGGGAGGGGCCUGUUUUAAAGAAUUAGGUUAAAAAAUAGAUCCAACCAGUUUAUACCCUAAUUUUAGUGUUUCACCUCACCUAACAGUCUGGGAGACUCAAGACUCCCAGUCUCUGCAGUCUUGAUGAGACUGCAGUAGAAACAAUUGCCCCUAGUCCCUCUAUCUGUCCCAACUAUGGGCAAGAGGUAUCUGGGAGGCUCUAGGACAGGGAUUGUACUUCACCGUGGCCUUAUGGGGCAAGUAAAAGUUGUCUGAAUUU